AUGGAAAGACAUUUAAAGAAUGUUCUUGUGGUGUCCUUUGGAUUUCUGCUUCUAUUUACAGCUUAUGGAGCUCUUCAGAAUCUACAGAGCAGCCUAAAUACAGAGGCAGGACUAGGGGUGGCUACACUUAGUGUUAUCUAUGCAUCUGUGAUUGUGUCUUCCAUGUUCCUUCCUCCAAUUCUUAUUAAGACAUUUGGCUGCAAGUGGACCAUAACCUGCUCCAUGUGCUGCUACAUCACUUUUUCAGUGGGAAACUUCUACCCCAGCUGGUUCACCUUGAUCCCCACUGCCAUAAUCCUUGGUCUAGGAGGAGCCCCACUAUGGUCUGCUGAAUCUAGUUACCUUACAAUGACUGGAAAUUCUUAUGCACAGAAGACAGGAAAACUUAGGAAAGAUGUUGUCAACCAGUAUUUUGGCAUCUUCUAUCUCAUAUUUCAGUCCUCUGGUAUCUGGGGGAAUUUGAUUUCUUCUCUGGUGCUUGAGCAGAAAAUUAGCCGAGAAGCCACAAAGGCAGAGCUGCUGAACUGUGGCGCAAGGGAUUGUUAUACAAGCAGCCCAACUACAAACAAUACGAAUACUCAGCACCCCUCAAAUAAUUUAAUCUACAUCCUGCUUGGUAUCUAUACUGGAAGUGGUAUUUUGGCAGUAAUACUGGUAGCUGUAUUUCUUGAUCAUAUUCCAAAUGAUGAAUCAGAAACUGAAGAAAACAAAGGUGAAUCUUUUUGGUCUAAUAUACUGGCAACUUUCCAGCAUCUUAAAGAUAGGCGGCAGGUUCUCCUCAUUCCUCUGACUAUGUAUAGUGGAUUUGAACAAGGAUUCCUUUCUGGUGAUUAUACAAAGUCAUAUGUCACCUGUGCUUUGGGGAUUCAAUAUGUUGGUUAUACAAUGAUCUGCUUUUCGGCCACCACUUCCUUCAGUUCUUUGUUGUAUGGAAAGAUAUCCCAGUACACUGGCAGAAUAGCUUUGUAUGGAGUAGGUUCAGUGAUACACUUUUUCUGCUUCUUUUACCUUUUGGUGUGGAGACCUCAUCCCAAACAUAAGAUGUUGUUCUAUUUAUUUCCUGCCUUUUGGGGCAUGGGAGAUGCUGUUAUUCAAACACAAAACAAUGCUGUCUAUGGAGAUUUAUUUGUGAAGAACAAGGAAGCUGCUUUUGCCAAUUACCGCCUUUGGGAAUCCCUUGGAUUUGUCAUUGCUUUUGGAUAUAGCACAUCAUUGUGUGUCAGCAUAAAGCUAUAUAUCCUAAUGGUAAUACUGAUUUUGUCAAUGCUAUUAUAUGGGACUAUCGAAAGCCUGGAACAAGACCAGCCUUAUGAUGAAAAAGACUUAAAUAAAAGAGAAGAAACAUCAGAUAGUAUAAAACAUGAACAUGAUGAGGAGCUUGAGAUGACAAUGUAA